CCACCCUUUCAAACAUUUCAAACGCCACAUCUUCUGCUCAGGCUCGCAAAAUAAACUUUCUCCACUCCUGAGUCCUGACCCAUCUUCCUUCUAAUCCCAUAGAUUUGGUUGCUCUGAAUUUCUUGUUUCAGUUGAUCACUCACUACUAGUACUAGCUAGCUAGACAUCAAUGGAUGGAAGAAAGAAGAGCUCUGACCUUCCUCCGGGGUUUAGGUUUCAUCCAACUGAUGAGGAACUGAUCAUGUAUUAUCUUCGAAAUCAAGCGAGAUCGAUGCCCUGCCCCGUAUCUAUAAUCCCGGAAGUUGAUAUCUAUAAAUUCGAUCCAUGGGAAUUACCUGAAAAGGCAGAAUUUGGUGAGACAGAGUGGUAUUUCUUCAGCCCACGAGAACGCAAGUACCCAAAUGGGGUGCGCCCAAAUCGAGCAACCGGCUCUGGUUAUUGGAAAGCCACGGGCACAGACAAGGCAAUCCGCAGUGGGCCUAAGUAUGUGGGGGUGAAGAAAGCUCUUGUGUUUUAUAAGGGCCGCCCGCCCAAGGGUGUUAAGACGGAUUGGAUUAUGCACGAAUAUCGGUUGGAUGGUUCAAACUGUAGACAGCCGACCAAGAUCAAUGGAUCCAUGAAAUUGGAUGACUGGGUCCUCUGUAGGAUUUAUAAGAAGAGGCAUUUGGAAAGAUCUGUGGAGCAAAAUGAUGAUCCAUGUCUUCGAGAGAACACAGAAACCAAUUCUUCUGGUGCCAGUGAGCAACAACAACCUUUGAUAUCUCCAAGGACGUGUUCUCUUGCUCAUAUGCUGGAGAUGGAGUAUCUGUCCAUGUCGCACCUUUUAAAUGAUGGCAACCCGCUUGAUGAUUUGCCGAUGCAGUUCCAAACAACCGAAAACAAUAAUCACGAAGUUGACAAACUUUUUUCUGGCGACAUGGCUCACCAAUUUCCGAGCACGGCGAAGUUUCAAGUGAACCAGAGUACUGUCUUUAACCCGCCGAUAUUCAUCAACCCGUUAUUUGAAUUUCAGUGAGCUGGGCUUGGUUAAAAUGGGGCGGAAAUGUGUUUUCUUAUGACGACCUCCUCUGUUCAAGCUCAACAAUUGUAGAAAUCUGUUUCUCUUCUUUGUCGCUUAUUAGCUUCUCGUUUCCAAUUCGGAGGUGCAAGAUUAAAUUAAACCAUGUUACAAGAAAUGUAAAAUGUUGUAUAGCUAGCAAGAACAGAUGAAUUUGUGUCACAGAAUCAUAGAAGGUGACCAUUCAUCAAACUACGGGAUGUAACAAAUGAAGUUACAUGAUUACCAGGAAAAAAGAUGACAGACAUUGUCAGUUAUUGUCUUUAUUCUUGAAUAUAAUGGAUGGUUGGGAUUCACAAUUAAUUCCACUAA